CAGCUUGCUAGUUUGCGGAAGCCGCUCUUCAGUCCAGUUGUCGGGAUGGUGCAGCUGUACAACCUGCACCCGUUCGGGUCGCAGCAGGUGGUCCCCUGCCAGCGGGAGCCAGAGCAGUUCUGCUGCGGCGGGCAGGACGCGUUGUUCGUGGCUUCGGGCUGCAAAGUGGAGGCUUUCGCCGUCCAGGGAGCAGAUCUGUGCCAGCCACGUUGUGCCUUCUCCACGCUGGGCAGAGUCCUGCGCAUGGCCUACAGUGAAGCCGGAGACUAUCUGGUAGCAAUUGAAGAGAAAAACAAAACUAUAUUCUUGCGUGCUUACAUGAACUGGAGGAGUAAGAGGAGUGAAAAUUCCCGUGUGUGCAUUCGAAUGGUUGGGCACAAUGUGGAGGCACCCUUCUGUGAAAGCUUUAAAGACCAAAUGUCUAUCAUUGAAAUGCCAUUGUCUGAGGCUCCUUUAUGCAUUUCAUGUUGUCCUGUGAAAGGAGAUCUACUUGUUGGCUGCACAAAUCAGUUAGUCCUAUUUACUUUGAAGUACUGGAUCAUUAAUGAAGAAUUCUCAGUGUUGGACUUUGAACGUUCAUUAAUUAUACACAUAGAUAAUAUCACUCCUGUUGAAAUUUCUUUUUGUGUUGGGUAUGUCGCUGUCAUGUCUGAUUUAGAAGUCUUAAUCCUAAAACUGGAGUCAGAUCCUUCAAAGGGAGAGGGAGUUAAACACCACCCACAAAAAACCAACAACCAGUUGAAACAGAUGGAAGAUAUCAGUAAUGACACUUCACGGCUUGAAUCAGAGGAUUUUGUUAUCUGCCUAAAACCCAUGGAGCUUUUUGGUGAGAAGUGUGAACAGUCGGGAAUAUCUGUUAAACUGGAGUCCACAGGAUUAGCUGAUGAAAAAGUAAAAUAUUUAAGUGUUCAGCACCUGCUAUAUAGACGUUUUGCUCCUGAUAUUUCAUUCUGUGUCUUGUCUGAUAACAUCAAGUUACAUUCCCUUCAGCUGCUACCAAUUCACCAAACAGGUUUUGCUCCUGAUGGAAAUGGUUUGUCUCAAGAAAAAGAGCUGCUGAGUCUCUUCUGUUUCUUCUCAUUACCUCAUGUGGGCUAUCUGUACAUGGUUGUGAAAUCUGUUGAGUUAAUGUCAGUCUAUUGGUAUCCUGAGAAGUCUCAGCAAGCAGUGCUCACACCACAGUUUUUGCACGUCAUCACAAGCCAAAGCCUCCAGUGUUUCACGGUGCGGUGCAGUGCAGCAGUGGCUCAUGAAGAGGACCUGUACAUGGAUACUACGUUGAAGGCUUGCCCACCUGUCACUAUGGAUGUGUGUGCUUUAAGAAUACAGCUUUUCAUAGGCCUGAAAGCCAUCUGUCAUUUUAAAAACCACAUCAUACUUCUGACCAAGGCAGACCCUGAAUCCAUUCCAGAGAGAAAAGAGUCACCCAAGAGGCUUCUUUCUAGAAAAGAUGCCAGUGUUAGGAGCAGAAUCCCUCCCAUAGCCGAGGCUGGAUGGAAUCUGUAUGUUGUGAAUACAAUUGCACCAGUUCAGCUAUACAAAGAAAUGGUAGACUACAGUAACACCUACAAGACUGUGAAAACCCAGAGCUGUAUCCACUUACUCAGUGAGGCUCAUCUGCUGGUAAGAGCUGCCCUGAUGGAUGGCAGUCAGCUGGAGCCUGCAGAGAAAGCAGAGCUCUUAGAAGCAUUUAAAGAAAGCUGUGGGCACCUUGGAGACUGUUACAGCAGGCUUGACACUGAGCAAUCCCACCUCGCCUUACCAUACUAUAAGAUGUCCGGUUUGUCUCUGUCUGAAGUUUUGGCCCGUGUGGACUGGACAGGAGAGAGUUCACAGAAAUAUGAGAGAGGAUUAAUAUUUUAUAUUAAUCAUUCACUUUAUGAAAACCUGGAUGAAGAAUUAAGUGAAGAAUUAGCAGCAAAAGUGGCUCAGAUAUUUCAUGUGGCUGAGCCGAAGCAACUGCCUCAUGUCCUCUGUAGUCCUUCUAUGAAGAAUAUCAGUCCUUUAACUGCCUUGCAUUAUUUAAAGAAUCUGGAUACUUGUGAAUUUUCACCAGUCUUAGUGACCUUGACCAAGGCAGCAGUGGCCUUGAAAAUGGGAGAUCUUGACAUGUACAGAAAUGAAAUGAAGAGCCAUUCAGAGAUGAAGCUGGUAUAUGGCUUCAUUCUGGAACCUCGGCUGUUAAUUCAACAGUGGAAAGGCCAGAUUGCUCCUACUGAACUUGCAAUUCACUUGAAGGAAACUCAGCCUGGAUUGCUUGUGGCUUCAGUCCUGGGCUUACAGAAAAAUGGUAAAAUUGGAAUUGAAGAAGCAGAUUCUUUCUUUAAGGUGCUGUGUGGAAAAGAUGAAGACACAAUUCCUCAGCUUUUGGUAGACUUCUGGGAAGCUCAGCUGGUAGCUUGUCUCCCAAACAUGGUACUUCAGGAACUCUUCUUCAAGCUUACAUCUCAGUACAUCUGGAGGUUAUCUAAGAGGCAGUGUCCUGAUACCAUACCAUUGAGAACAUCAGAGGAUUUGAUAAAUGCCUGCAGUCAUUAUGGCUUAGUCUAUCCAUGGGUUCAUGUCUUAAUGUCAUCCGAUUCCUUAGCUGAUAAAAAUUACACAGAAGACCUUUUGAAACUACAGCUGCUGCUGGAUGGGGCAUCUGAGCUGAGAAGCUGGUAAAUGGGUAAGCUGUGCAACUGUCCUCAUUUUUAGGGUGUGCUUGAAAACAGCUGUGAGAAAUAAAAGUGUACAAAUAUAUAGGGAUGUUUUGUGAGCAUGAAUUUUGUUUAAUAAUGGCUUAACACAAGUUAGACUUCUUACCCAAGCCACCACUACCAUCUGUCUUAUGAAAACUGUGUCAAAGAAGCAAGUUUAUCUGACCCCAGAAGAGAAUAUUUCAAAAGAAUUGUGGGACACAAUUUAUAGUAUAGGAAUUCAUUCUAUAACUAUUUCUGCAUGUGCUGUGGUAGGUCAGGCUGGGCUAAAUGUGCAUAUCUUUUAAUAUUUUCUUUGGCCCAAAGACGGAAUAUAAUUUUUGGCUUUCUUUUAUUCGGUUUACUUGCUGUAGCUGGCCACAUAUAAAAAUUAAUAUUUCAUAUUAGGAAUUCUGAGUUUACAGAUACUCUUGAAAAAUGCAGGAAUACUGACCACCUGUGCCUUCACUGCUCCUGAGGCCUGUUCUGACAGAUGAAAGUAGCUCCUGUCUGAGCAGUGCACAGCCUGUCCGGUCUGCACCACCCUCAUCUCCAUGGCUUCCCAUCUGGAUGCUGAGGGCCUCAUUGUAUGUUUCCUUAAACCCAAACGGCCUUUAUGCAUUUUUGUUCUGCUUGAUCCCUUUAAGCUUUUGGGUGUGAAAUUCCUGAUAUAAAAUUUGGGAAUUGGUGUAAAUGUGGUUAUUAUUGAUUAUAGAGCCUGCUGGUCAGUUGGGGAUGGGCUAGAGAAGGAAAGCCAAGAGGCUAGAUUGUUAGAUUCAGACUCCAGACUGUGUGGCCUACAUUCUUCUAUUAAAAUCAUCAGAGUUGGGCAUGGUGGUACAUGCCUGUAAUCCUAGCACCAAGGGGGUUGAGGCAGAAGGACCAUGAAUUCAAGUCUAGCCUUAGUUAUUUAGUAGUUAACCACACAACAAUACAUCACCAAAGAAGAGUCUUUCACUGCCUCUUAUCUCUAGUAUCUGUGUGACACGGAAACUCCUGUGUUGGGUGCUUUAUUUGUUCAUUUUAUAGCUACUGUCUGACGAUGAGUUGUAAAUGUGGUAGAUAGCACUGGGUCUUGUCCUCCCAGAGCACACAGAAUAGUGAUAUAGUUAAAAUUGUAAUUGUAAUAUGCUAUGAAAUUUCUACUGAUAAAACUUCAAAACACAUUCAUAAUCACAAUCAAACAGUAUAAUUCAGUGAUCAUUUAAAAUCCCUGUAAGCAACAAAAAAUAGUUUUUGUUACUUAAUCCAUUCAAUUAACCUCUAUCUUUUGAUUGAGAAAUCGAAGCCAAUACUUAAAGUUAGUAAUUGAAAAGGAUUUGGUGAGUGCUGUCAUUUUGUUGUGUUUUUGUUUCAUUUGUGUUUUUUGUCCUAUUUGGUGUUUCUGUAGUAAUGUCUUUGUUUGUUUUCUUUAUGUGGCUUCUUGUAUUUGCUUAUCCUCUCUUCAGUCCAAAGUAUUGCUUCCAGUAUUCUUUGUGGGUCAGGCUUGGUGGGUAAUAAUUUUUUCACCUAUUUAUAUCACGAAAGGUUUUUCUUUCUCCUUCAUUAUGGCAGAUAGUUUUGUGGGGUAAAGUAGUCUGGUUUGGCAACUGUGGUAUUUUGGAGAACAUUGCACCAGGCUCUUUAGGCUUUCAAAGUCCCCAUCAGCAAUUAUUUUUGCCUUUAUAUGUGACAUGUGCUUUUUCCCCUGCAGCUUUGAGUGUCCUCUUUGUUCUGUAUAUUUAGUGUUUUAAUUUGAUGUUCCAUGGGGAAUUUCUUUUCUGGCCUUGGUUUGUGUUCUUUGUGCUUCUUAUAUCUGUAUGGUUGUGUCUUUCCUUAGUUUGUUGAAAAUCUGUUCUGUGGCAUUAACUUAGGAUUCUUCUCUCUUAUCUAUACCUGUGCUUCAUAGAUUUGGUCUUCUCACAAUGCCCUCCAGUUUCUGCACAUUCCUUUUACCCCUUUUUGGAAAUUUUUAUUGCUAAAAAUGAAAAUAAACUGACUAAACAUUUCUAAAUCUUUCCCCUAGUUAUUCUUCUUUCUAGAUUAUCCAUAGAUCAGUCAAUCUCAGUCACUAAGAAAAAGGACCAUUGGAGCUUACAAAGGGUUUUUUAUUUUUAUUUUUAUUUUUUGACUCUCAUUUAGAAGUAGGAUGCUCAGAAUCACCUAAGAGUGUUUCCAAAAUUGUGGCUCGCUCCCCAUCCCUUGGUGGAUUGAUAUGUUGGUCUGUUGUCCUCAGUUACUAUAGGGGCAUAUUUGUAUAAAAGUUAGUAUAAAAUCUACAAGUCCUUGAUAGGUUAGAAGGCUAUUAUUUGAGAGAACACUGUGACUAGUAAAUAUCUUGCUCUCUGUGUCCUUGCCUGUAAAAGUAGAGAAUCAGAAAUUUGCCAAAUCAGAGCUGAGGCAGAGGGAUCUUGCAGGGAGAAAGCAAUAAAUAGUAUGUACUAAGGGUGGAAAGAAUUGAUUUCCAGUAAUUAAAAAAAAAAAAAAAAUGAAGAUGUCUAAGAAACCAUCCCCAACAGUCUUUUACAGAC